GGAGCUUCUAUUGAACAAGGACUCUCCCCUCCAGCCAUCAAUCAAUUCCUCAAUCACGGCCUCGUGGUCAGUCUAUCAAGUCAAGAUGCUGUCACGAGCUGUGAGACCAGCCCUCAGCGCUGGCAAUGCCGCGCUCGCCAGAACCGUUGUUCCUCAAGCUGCCGGAUAUGCCACACUACGAGAAAUCGAAGGUCGCCUCAAGUCCAUCCGAAACAUCGAAAAAAUCACAAAGACCAUGAAGAUUGUCGCCUCAACAAAGCUCACUCGCGCCACAAGGGCCAUGCAGGAAUCUCGAAAAUAUGGACAAACAUCCAACAAGGUUUUUGAGGAAGCUGAGACGAAGCCAUUGGAGGAGAAGAAAACUCUCAUGGUUAUUGCAAGCUCCGACAAGGGUCUUUGCGGUGGUAUCCAUUCCGGCAUGUCACGAUACACCCGUCGCCUGCUCGAAAAGGACCCCAACCUCGACAUUGCCAUUAUCGGUGAAAAGUGCAAGGCUCAGCUUGGUCGUUCCAACUCCAAAAAUGUUGUUAUGAAUUUCGCUGGUGUUGGAAAAAACGUCCCAACCUUUGCGGAUGCUCAGGCUAUCGCCGAUCAGUUGGUUCUCCUGCCCGAAGACUAUGCCAGCAUCAAGAUCGUCUACAACAAGUUCAUCAACGCGCAGAGCUACGAACCGGUUAUUAUCGAAGCAUUCUCCGAGGAGGCUAUUACACAAUCACCCAACUUCGCCGCCUUUGAAAUUGAUGACGAAGUUCUCGCCAACCUCCGGGAAUACUCUCUGGCCAACUCUCUGUACUGGGCUCUUGCCGAGGGACAUGCCUGCGAACAGUCCGCCCGACAGAAUGCUAUGGAUAACGCCUCAAAGAACGCUGGAGACAUGAUCUCAAAGUUCACCAUCUUGUACAACAGAACCCGACAAGCUGUCAUCACCGGAGAACUGGUAGAAAUUAUCACAGGUGCCGCUGCUUCGGAGGAUUGAUUGAUGUUGUUCCAGAAAGAAGGUGUACAUAACAACCACAAACAAUUUUAUCUGUUUGAGUUGACAAACAGCUUGAACGUUUUCAAAUUGAAAAUUCCUUUCAUGCACCUUG